UGGAUCAUAAUUUCACAAAAAAUUUAAACAAUGGAAAUCGAAUUAUAUUCAGUAAAUGAUCUACAGAAAUUAUGUAGAUUAUGUAUGGGUAUGGGUUCAGAAAUGUAUUCAGUAUACGAUUUAACUUCAUUAAAUGAAGGUGGACGUCAUAUUCAAUUCGUUGAAAUGAUAAUGGAGUGCAGUUCACUCAUAGUUGAAUCUGGUGAUGGAUUACCUGAAGCUGUUUGUGUUGAUUGUUUAGAAUGUUUACGAAAUGCGUACACAUUCAAACAACGAUGUGAAAAAUCGGAUGUUAGUUUACGACAAUUAAUUGACAUUUUUAACGGAACAAAAACUGAAUUAGAUGAAUACGAUUGUAUUGAAACACUAGAUGAUGAUGAAGAUGUAAAAGAAAAUUUAUUGUAUAUCAAAAAUGAGGAUGAAAAUGAUGUAAGAAAUUGUGAUUUAAAUAAUGAAGAUUUUGAAAGUAUUCCGGAUACUUUUGAUUUAGAAACUCAUAUUGCUUCUCACAAGGUAGAAAAGAGUGAAAAGAAUGAGGACAAUUAUGAAUGUCGUGUGUGCGAUUAUAAAAGUUGUGAUGAUAAUUUAGUUAAAGAGCAUUUAAAAUUACAUGGCGUGAGUCCCUUUAUUUGCAAUUUAUGUCUUAUGAGCUAUUCAACGAAUCGAAAAUAUCGAUUACAUUUAAAAUCUCAUUACACUCAUACAGUGAAGAGUAUGUAUAAUUGUUCUGCUUGUAAACAAGAUGUAUCAGGUAACGAUCUUAAAGCUCAUUUAAAAUUACAUUCGAAUCUUUUACAUACAUGUACAGGAUGUUGUAAGUCUUAUUUAACACAAGGUGAAUUUGAUUCACAUCAAAAUGACCACGUUAAUUCUAAUUUAUGUCCUAUUUGUGGUAAAUUAUUUGCACGUAAAUCACGAUUAACAUCGCAUAUGGUAUACCAUGAUACAGCAACCCCUUAUAAAUGUUCAGUUUGUGAUAAAAGCUUUCGUACAAAAGCAAUAUGUAAAAAACAUGAGGAUAUUCAUACGAACGAAAAACCGUUCAUAUGCACAUGGUGUGGAUAUACUACGAAACGUACAGGUGAUUUAAAUAUCCAUAUUCGUAUUCAUACGGGAGUUAAACCAUAUAAUUGUACGUUACCUGGUUGUGAUAAAACAUUCACAACGUCCAGUCAACGUAAUGAACAUGUACGGCGUCAUACAGGCGAACGUAAUCAUAUUUGUCAGUUAUGUAAUAAGUCAUUUUUGGAGAGUAAAACUUUGAAAAUACAUAUGUUAGUACAUUCGGGAGUUCGUCCUCAUAAGUGUGAUAUUUGUGGUAAAUAUUUCCGACGUAAACAUCAUUUAGUUGUUCAUAAAGCUAAAUUGCAUGGUGAAUGA